UGAAAGGAAAAAGACAAAGAAGAUGAAUGGAUAGAUACAGAUAUAGAUAAUGGUAGUAAAAAAAAUAUGCAGAAAUUACUUCGUUCUCGAAACCCUUAUUCACCUAGUUUAUUAGCCCCUUUUCUUAUCCCUCAAACUCUCUUUCCAGGGUUUAACAAACACAUUCCGAUGCCUUCCGCCGCCGGUAUGGCCACCGCCGCCGUUACUUGUAGAAACCCUAGCUUUUCAUUUGCUAGUAAUAAUGGAAACUGUUCUAGCUCUUAUAAGUUUAAUUCUAUGUGUAACCCUAGCUAUAGAUACAGGUGCCGUAAUUGUAGGUGUUCUGUUCAGUGUGGAAUUAGUAGUAGUAAUGGUGUUGGCGGUGGUGUUAGGGCUUGGAAUGGUGGAGGUAAUAGAGUUGCUUGGUUUCAUAGUUCGGGUUCGGAGAAUGCGUUGGCUACGGAUGUUACGGUUUCCGCGGUUAGCGGUGAGAAUAGUGGUGGUGAGAAUGGGGAUAGUGAGAGUGGAGAGAAUGAGAAGAGUGUCAAGUAUAGUAGGAGAAAAAGAAUUGGUUUAAGUGGUGGUGGUGGUGGGAAUGGGGAGGUGUUGGUACCGGGGAAUCUCGAUUUGUUGACGAUUCCGGGUGUCGGGCAGAGUAAUUUGAAGAAGUUGGUUAAGAAUGGGAUUGGUGGUGUUGCCGAGCUUAAAAAAAUCUACAAAGACAAGUUCCAUGGGAAAUCGAACGAGAAUAUGGUGGAGUUUUUACGUAGCUCUGUUGGCAUUAAACAUAGAAAUCAUGCUGAGAGUAUAACUACAUUCAUUAAAGAAAGUGUGGAUGAAGAGCUAAAAGAUGAUCGUGUGGACAAUGUUCUGCCACAAAAGAAACGCCUGACUUUUUGUGUGGAAGGAAACAUAAGCGUUGGCAAGACAACUUUCUUGCAGAGAAUUGCUAAUGAAACUCUUGAGCUUCAGGAUCUUGUUGAGAUUGUUCCUGAACCUAUCAAUAGAUGGCAAGACAUUGGACCCGAUCACUUUAACAUAUUGGAUGCUUUUUAUGCCGAUCCAGAAAGGUAUGCGUACACGUUCCAGAACUAUGUAUUUGUUACAAGAGUUAUGCAGGAGAAGGAGUCAGCAAGUGGAAUUAAGCCUCUCAGAUUAAUGGAGAGAAGUGUUUUCAGUGACAGGAUGGUCUUUGUGAGAGCUGUUCAUGAAGCUAAGUGGAUGAGCGAGAUGGAAAUCAGCAUCUAUGACUCAUGGUUUGACCCGGUUGUUUCCACUCUUCCUGGACUUAUUCCCGAUGCUUUUAUAUAUCUUAGAGCUAGCCCCGAUACUUGUCAUAAACGCAUGAUGAUGCGUAAGAGAACUGAGGAAGGUGGAGUCAGCCUAGAAUAUCUACGUGGUCUGCACGAAAAGCACGAGAGCUGGCUUUUUCCAUUUGAAAGUGGAAAUCAUGGGGUAUUAUCUGUUAGUAACCCUCCUGUUCACAUGGAUAGCUCUUUACAUCCUGAUAUAAAAGAUCGUGUAUUUUAUCUGGAGGGUAAUCAUAUGCAUCCCAGCAUUCAAAAGGUACCUGCAUUGGUUCUUGACUGCGAGCCUAUGAUCGACUUUAGCAAAGACAUUGAAGCAAAAAAACAGUAUGCUAGACAGGUGGCCGAGUUUUUCCAGUAUGUGAAGAAAGUUAAAGAAGUUCCUGAAGCUGGAAAGGCGGGUCACUCACAAGUUAUGCUUCCGCACGGAGGAUUAUGGGUGCCGCCACAAGGAAAAAAUUUUCCCGAGUCUCUCAAGUCGCUGGAUUUUAGACACGCCAUGUCCUUCAUGCCUGAAUCUGGCACUGGGUAGUGGUUUGUUACUCGAGUGCAAUCUGUGUUUGCUUGUAAAAAGGAUUUUUAACCUCCCAUCACACUUUGUGGUUGAUCGUAGGACAAAACUGAACUUCUUUUAGGACAUUUGUAGUUUUUAUUAUGAUCUUAAUGAAGGGUUGUUAUGGCGCUGCCAAAGUCUUUUAGUAA